UAUCUCACGUGUGUUGUGUUCCCGUAGUACGGAAAACCAUUGAUAAGCGUGGUUGUGGAUUUCAAUGUCUUGGCCGUCUAGCCUUCUCAUCAAAACCCUCAACAGAUUCCCCCAGGGGCUCUGCACCAGUAUCGCCUUAGCAAUAAACCGGUUCGCCACAGGAUACGUUAAAACGCCGAGCAAUGAAGUCUGGAAAGGAGAAGCGGGAGUUGGAUAGAUCCAGGUCCCAUGGUCUACGGAAUCUGUUACUGCCCUGUGUCUCGGCAAGGAGACCUAGAGACUUUGAAAGUAGCAGAUUCUAAAACUCUGACAGAAACUCAACGGGAAGAACUCUUUGAGAAAAUAGAUGCUGCUAAGGAAUAUGUAGGAUGGGCCCUACACAUCCUCUCCCCCAAUUUCAUCUCAACUAGUAUGCAGAGGCGGAUGAAGUACAACUUGAAUGCACUAUCCCACGAUACAGCCAUUGGCCUAAUCCAGUAUGCACUAGAUUCUGGAGUGCAACUUGCAGAGGUUUUUGUAGACACAGUGGGACCAGCAGAGAAAUAUCAAGAAAAACUAAAGCAGCACUUUCCUGAGCUGGAGGUUACAGUGAAGGCCAAGGCAGACUCUCUCUUCCCUACUGUAAGCGCAGCCAGCAUCUGUGCUAAGGUAGCCAGGGACAGGAUUGUAAAGAAUUGGAAAUUCUUGGAAAACCUGGAAGAUGCAGAAUUGGAUUAUGGCUCGGGCUAUCCCAACGAUCCCAAGACUAAAGAAUGGCUUGCUCAAAACCUGGACCCAAUCUUUGGCUAUCCACAGUUUGUACGAUUUAGCUGGAGCACAGCUCAGCUCAUUCUAGAGAGCAAAGCUGUGCCUGUUCAUUGGGAUGAUACUGAAGAUGACCCAUCCCAGCAGAGUGCAAAGUCCUUGCUGAGCUACUUUACCCGGAAGGUUUCCCCCUCCAAGCGUACACCCCAUCGCUUUUUUUAUGAACGCAAACUGGAGACAGUCACCAGCUUGUAGAUGGUGGCAGGUGAUUUUCUUCUUGUUGAAAAUUAUCUUACGUUGGCUUGACAGAAAGCUGACAUCUAGUUUUUAACGGGUAGUCACAAAUCCUUUGAGCCAUAUCUACAAAACAGCAUGAAACCCAAAGGUUCAACUGAAAGAUACAAAAUUAAACAGAAAAGAAUCUGGUAAAUGUUCUUCCUGAAGGCCCUCCUGUCCCUGUGACUUAAUUCCUUUUUAGUUAAUAAAUUAUCAAAAACUGA